AUGAUCAAAACGUAUUUGAUUGAUUCAAAGAAACGUCUUCCCCAAAUUAUAAUAAAAGAUAUUUUGGAUAUCAUUCCAUAUAAUAAUCGCUAUACAAAGUCAUAUUUAUAUCUUGCCAAACUCAUAUCAGAUGAUUAUCAAGUCAAAGAGGUCAGCAAUGUUAAUCUUGCUUCAAAUUUUUUGUUUUACAAAGAAUAUGGCAUUAAAUUAGACAAAUCUGCUGAUUUCGAAAAAAUUAAAUCAGAAAAUCUCGACAUUCUUAAAGAAAAUACAAUUUACAGAGCAAUUAUGAAUAAUAACUUAGAAGUAUUCAUUUCAUUCACUGAAAGAGAAGGAUUUGAUGAAAAUCAAAAACUUGAAUUCAGCUUAUUUAGAGAUUUUAAUAGACUUUUAGUAUUUCAUAGGGAAAAUGAAUUUUCAUUGCUUGAAUUAUGUUGUUACUAUGGAGCAGUUGAUUGUUUCAAGUUCUUAAGAACUAAAUUUAACUCAGAAAUAACAAAAAGAUGUCUCAAACUUUCAUUUUUGGGAAGAAAUCAAGAGAUAAUGAGUGAAUGUUUAAAACAUCAAAAACCAAAUUAUGAAUGCAUGGAAUAUGCAAUUAUUUCACAUAACAUUGAUUUUGUAACAUUCUUAAUGAAUGAGUACAUCAUAGGUAUUGAUCCAUUUGCUUGCAAAAAGUAUAAUAAUCUUGAUUCAUUUUUAGUUUUUUGCGAUCAAACGAAUCUUUUAACAAACUGUUUAAUAUUCCAUACCUAUGCGAAUAUUUCCUUUCAUUAG